CACUAAUCUCGUAUAGCUGGCUAUACAAAACAAUCAUCUAAUAUGGCUCAGCUGCCUCAGAUCUCGCUGGACUUGUGCCUCUCGCCUCUGCUUGCUGACGCGGACAAGAACCAAUACUGCGACGAAGCGCUGGCGACGCUCUUGAAGAGUAUCUCUACACCGCUUCCUAGUCUCUCUUUCGCCUCUUCCAAGCCCAGGACCGCCGACAAGAACAAGCCGCUGCCUCGGACGCCACCGUGUCAGAAUCAGCACCAAGACCUUCCCCCAGGUAGCCCCGCAAAACCCGAAUAUCCACUGGCAACAUCAAAACAGAUCAUCAGCCUCCUGAACCUCCUGGACAAGCUCGAUACGGACAUGACAGCCGAAGUGCAGCGCAUCAAAGAGAACAUCAAGGAAACCCGCGACCUGAUCAAGGAAUACAAGAAAGAGCGGCGAGACAGGCGACGCAGUAUGAAGGAAAAGAUGGCGACACAGGUCCGGCAGACUUUGGCUGCAGACAGCGAUUUCUGGGCCGGUGUAUGA